UCAUUUUAGAUUGUUCAACGCUGCCAGUACGGAUUCCAUAAGGUUUCACUCGAAUCUUUUGAAUCAAAAUGAAAAUGAUUUAAGAGUGUCAAUUGAUAACACUUGUACAGAUUCACUAGUAACAGCAUUGGAUGAUGAAGCCCUGUUGAUUAAUGACUAUAUAAAUGACAUGGCAAAAUCAAAGGUUCAUUUCGAUGACGUCUCACUGUAUGGAACACCAAAAGAAGAACCACUUCCGAGUAUACCACCGCUAGCUGAAAAGCCAUCAUCGAAUUUUUUGAAGAACCAGUUGCAAGCAUGGUUUCAACCAACAGACAAUCGACUCGCUAUGAAGCUUUUUGGUAGUAAAAAAGCAUUAGUUAAAGAAAGAAUACGACAAAAGACAUCUGGACAUUGGGUGAUUCAUCCGUGCAGUUCUUUUCGGUUUUACUGGGACUUGUGUAUGUUACUGCUUCUCGUUGCAAAUCUAAUCAUUUUACCAGUUGCCAUAUCAUUUUUCAAUGAUGACCUCAGUACGAGAUGGAUUGCCUUUAACUGUUUAAGUGAUACAAUAUUUUUGGUUGACAUAGUAGUCAAUUUUAGAACAGGCAUUAUGCAACAAGAUAACGCCGAACAAGUGAUAUUAGAUCCUAAGCUUAUCGCAAAGCAUUAUUUGAAAACAUGGUUUUUUCUCGACUUGAUUUCAUCAAUACCCUUAGAUUAUAUUUUCCUCAUAUUCAAUCAGAUUCAAAAGAAUAAUCAGGAUUUUCCUGAUUCAUUUCAAAUUCUUCAUGCCGGAAGAGCAUUGCGAAUACUUAGAUUAGCUAAGCUGUUAUCUUUGGUGAGGUUACUACGGCUAUCUCGCUUGGUUCGAUAUGUAUCCCAAUGGGAAGAAGUAUACAUUCUACAAAAUCUACAAAAAAAACAUUCAGAUCGAAGAGGAAGAUCUUUUAGAAAAGAACAGGCGGGCUUUUCAAAGAGCAAUCUUAUUUUUAAGUUCCUGAAUAUGGCCUCAGUUUUCAUGCGAAUAUUCAAUCUUAUAUGUAUGAUGUUGCUGAUUGGACACUGGAGCGGAUGUCUGCAAUUUUUAGUUCCUAUGUUGCAAGGGUUUCCAUCCAAUUCAUGGGUGGCUAUAAAUGAACUACAGGAGGCCUACUGGUUGGAACAGUAUUCCUGGGCUUUAUUUAAAGCAAUGUCUCACAUGCUAUGUAUAGGAUAUGGAAGGUUUCCCCCACAAUCACUAACGGAUAUGUGGUUAACAAUGCUCUCUAUGAUAUCUGGAGCAACAUGUUACGCUUUGUUCCUUGGGCAUGCAACCAACUUGAUUCAAAGCUUGGAUUCUAGUAGACGCCAGUAUCGGGAAAAGGUAAAGCAAGUUGAAGAAUAUAUGGCAUACAGGAAAUUACCCAGGGAUAUGAGACAAAGAAUAACAGAAUACUUUGAACACAGAUAUCAAGGAAAAUUUUUUGAUGAAGAAUGUAUUCUAGGCGAACUCAGCGAAAAACUUAGAGAAGAUGUGAUAAACUACAAUUGUAGAUCUUUGGUUGCUUCAGUGCCUUUUUUUGCCAAUGCAGAUUCUAAUUUUGUAUCAGACGUUGUAACUAAAUUAAGAUACGAAGUAUUUCAACCAGGUGAUAUUGUAAUAAAGGAGGGAACAAUAGGAUCGAAAAUGUAUUUUAUUCAAGAAGGAAUCGUUGAUAUAGUGAUGGCGAACGGAGAGGUUGCAACCUCCUUGUCAGAUGGUUCGUAUUUUGGAGAAAUUUGCCUACUUACCAACGCUAGACGAGUUGCUAGUGUUCGAGCUGAAACUUAUUGCAAUUUGUUUUCUUUAAGCGUUGAUCAUUUCAAUGCUGUUCUGGACCAAUACCCAUUGAUGAGAAAAACAAUGGAGACUGUUGCUGCAGAGAGGCUCAACAAAAUUGGGAAAAAUCCCAAUAUUAUGGCGCACAAAGAGGAAUCCGAAUCAACCAAUGCAGAAACUAAUCAAAUCAGUGCUGUGGUAAAUGCGUUAGCGGUUGAAGCAGAGCAUAAUUUGAAUAACCUUAGUGACGAAAGCGGAAGUUUAAAGAAAGUUCAUUCUGAUUUAAGUUUGACAGAGUUAAAUCAAAGUUUACGUAUGAGCUUACCAAGACCAAAAAGUGGUGAAUUUAGAGCUCUGUUCGGAGGUACCAGUCCCUAGGAGCGUAACAACUCUCUCUCUCUGGAAUUGAUUAUUACUCAGCUAUGAGAAACAAGUGAGAUAUUAUGAAUAAAAUUAUUUAAAUAA